AUGAAGGCGAGAUUGACGGUGAUUUCAUUCACCAUACUGGAGACGAUUUUGACUCCCAUUUUACUUCCCCUCAUUGCCUAUUUUUCCUACAAGGAUCAGACAUGUCUGGAGAGAAAAAUGCUCAGAGAUUUGUACUUGAAUUACUUGAGAACACCAUUCGUAAUUUCUAUAAAGGACCGACUCAGUCAAGUUGUCCACUUAGGGCUACACUUUAGAUUAUGUGUUCUUGCCUCGUCCGUCUCCGUGAGAACCGAGGAAUGGCUAACACUGAUAUUCUACAUAGGCUUCAUGUUGUCUGAAUAUCAACAGUACCGGAGUUCUAAAAGCGCUAAAGAAAAACGAGUUCGAGUUUACCUACGAAAUAUGUGGAAUUACGUUGAUAUGGUAAUCCUGGGUUUGUUCUUUAUGAUGCUUGUUCUUCGAUGCUUUACUUUAAACGAAACAGACCCAUAUCAGAGUCGAUUAUUACAAGUGGUCAACAUCCUAUAUGGCAUCAGUACUCUUCUUCUGACUCUAAGGUUCUCGAGCAUUCUGGAGGUGAACAAAACAGUUGGACCUCUUCAGCUUGCUCUGUUCCGAAUGUGUAUCGACUUACUGAUCAUUUUGACGCAGUUCUCUUUCGUUAUUAUGGCUUUUUCUGCGGCUAUCACGAAGGUAUACGUCGCUGAGAUUUCCUUUCUGACGCCAGCACACCAAAGGGAAUCAAACGAGACGGGUCGACUUGAAGAACUCAACGAAACCGGUCGAACAGGAGGGUUUUGCACGAAAGGAAAAUCAGCCUGUUUACUCCAGACGUCUAAAUAUCUUAUUUGGUCUGUAUUUGGUCUAACCGAAUUGGACACGAUGGAGACUAACGACGAUGGGUCCGAUUAUGUUGUCGGUAUCCUGUUCGUUUCCUUCUUAAUCAUCUCAGUUGUUAUGCUGGUCAACAUCCUGAUUGCCUUGCUCACAAAUACUUACAACAAGGUCGAGACUAAUGCAGACCUAGAGUGGAAAUUUUUUCGCGCGGUGGUAGCAGAAGAAUAUAGAAGAUAUCAUCCCAUUGUUGUUCCGUUCAAUAUCAUUUCCUUACCAAUGUCUUUCCUCUACACCAAAAAGUAUGGAGACAACCGAGCAAAGAGAGUUAAAGAACGUCAACGAAGGCAUGAAGAGCGCUGCAGAUUGGAGCUCUUUCCUGCACUCACAAGGCGAUACCUGGAUAAAUAUGGAGGCUCAUUUCCACUGUCAAAUGAGGAGAAAAUCGACCUAGUAGCUGACAAAUUUGAUCAGCUUGCCAACAAAAUAGACGUAGUUGCCAACAAAAUUGAACAGCAAGAACACAAACUUGAUAGAUUAUUGGAGGUGAUGGAAAAAAUACAUCAAGCUCAACAGACUCCUGUAGAGUUCCUGCAUUCACAAGUUUCCCAACACAACGAUGCUGUCGAUCAUCAAUUAGAUAAGAAUAUACAAAGGCCUUCUGGAGAGGCAUCGGCUGACUUUUAAGAUUAAUUUUAUCCCUAGGGAAUAAUAAAUUGUCAAUGGAAGUAAAAUUCUUUUUUUGACGAAUGAGCUUGUAAGAAGGCCGAAAUAAAUAUUU